UCUGGUGACAACGCUUUACCGUUUGUUGUCGUUUCGUGAAAUAACAACAACAUACCUCCUCACCUCUUCCGUCAACACGAGGUUGAUUUUUCGAGAUAAGUAAUGCAGCUGAGUGCCGAAAGGGUUGCUGAGUCCUUCCUUGUCGCCGUGCUGCUGAUUUUGAAGGUGAAAUGCACUUCUGCAGAGAAAGCGAAAGUAAUGAACGCGACGAAGUUAUGCCGGGAGCAGCCGGAUAUAUUCGUCGAAAGGCAGCUUGCCCACGAUGGCUUUCAUAGGGAGCUGCGCACUAUAAUUUAUUCCAAAAGCAAAAUAAAGCCGAAAAGCAAAGCGGCCCAGGUGCUUGUCGUCGAAGAUUUGCCCUCGGGUGCUUUUGCUGAUCCCUACCAGUUGAAGUUGUUGCAGAUGUCCGAUGCCGAAUUCAAGGUUCCUGAGAAAGUGGACGUGGAAUUGAUGCAGACACAAGCACCACGGCAUCGGGUACUCGCGUACCUUUCGCUCGGUAAAAGUGAGCUGAAAGUACACCUGCCGGUACACUUGAGGUACCACAAAGCGCAACACUGCCAAAAAUUGGGCUCUCGGGUGGCGGUGGAAUUCCAGCCACCGCGAGUUUACUUCAGACUUCCAGAUAUCGCAUUUCCAUCCACAUGCAAGCAGUUGCACAGGCUUCCUUGUAACCAAAACAUGGACACCCUAUGUAGUUGGAAGGAGAUUGAAAUGGAAUCGAUGAGACCCUUACUGGCUGAAGUGCCUGUCGGAUGUCUCGAGGACUCUUCUCUAGUCACCGUGGCGACGCUGCUUACUUACUGCGUCUGCUCUGUUGCCAUCGCCUACAGCGUCGUCGUCGCCGGCGGCAACAAGAAACCCGAUCCCCCCCAGCAACCAGCCAAGACGUGAACAGAUGGCACCCGAAGGAGUACUCACUCGAGAUAAUUUAUUUUUCAUUUUUUCAUACAAAUAACUCGUUUACAACAUGACACAUCAUUUUGCAAAUGUAGCAAACUGUCAGCGUUUUUUGUGAUAACGGGCGUGGUGCGGUUUUUUUCGUUUGCCGGGACGAUUGUGCCGAUCCUCCUCUUUGCGGAAACAAAACGAUGCAGCAAAGUGGGUGAGAACCGAAAGUCAUUAAAAAAAAAAAAUGCUAAGCACAAACCAAGUGGCUGUUGCUGCUUACGUUUCAAAAGGAAAAUGGGUGAAUUAUGGCUAUGUACAAGCAAGCAUGGGUCUGUAUGUCCGGCACCUCAGUGUUUCCUGUCUGUACAUUAUUCUGCUCUGUACAAGACGAUGAAUGGAGUAAUGUGAGUAAUGAGACGAUAAAGAAAAAAAAAAGCCUUUCUACCCAGGAUGAAGGGAUACCUUUUAGAAGAAACUCGUUACAAAAACGGGGCAGCUCGUAUAACCGCAUGCACGGGGUUGUCUAGAUAGUGCUACCCCUUUUUUCAAUCUCAAGGCAUAGUAGUAGUAUAGUACUGUACUUUGUAGUAUUGCAUAUCUGUCGCAAGCGUCUUUUUUUUUUCUCUGGCCGGACGUUUUUGUGUACCUAGGCAAACGUUCUCGUAAGGGGGGAGAGUAUCGCAACUAUUUCGCUUUCCGACGACGUCGCGAAACUGGCGUGCCCGUUUCAGCGCCGAUCCAACGGAUGCCCAAAGUCGGCACGAGGUCGGCCGUUGCUCGGAUAAAGCGAGGUACGGCGCAGAGUUUGAUAUUGGCCUCGCCGAACAUUUCUGAAAUUAUUUAGAAAGCACCGUCUUCGUAUAGAAAGUAGAGAAGAAAUAGAAAAUGUAUAAGUUACUACUAUUAUUGUUUGUGUCGAGUUCGUUUCACGGCGUCUAGCGUACUGAGCGGGUCAGACACAGCCUCGUCCUUUUUUCGAGGCGCAAUUCAUUUGCGAAGUGAUUGCAAUACUCAUCCCAUAACUUUUAAUAAAAUAAAUACAUAAAUACA